GAAGCUGAAGCUGACCUGCAUCAAUGAGCCUGUUGAUCAGGAAAAAGACCACUAGACUGCUAACGACACGGUUCACUGAUCAGAGCAGGGAAAAUAACACUCAACCUCCACCUCGCGUCGUCUUAUUUAAGCGGAGACGUCUCUGCGCCGGGUCCUCAGUCUACCUCAGUCUACCUCACACAGCUGACUCCGAUCUGCUUCAUCUGACGAUGACCUGGACUGCUGCUGCUGCUGCUGCUGCUGCUGCUGCUGCUGCUGCUCUUCUCCUCACCUGUGUUGUCGUCUCAUGUGCAGAUUCUGAUGAUUAUUGUUAUCAUGAGCCACACUGUGAUCCUUAUGCGUGGGGCAACAUGUUCCCGUCAUGUCACCCCAUCCUUGAAGAGCACCACUCUCCCAUCAAUCUGGACCAGCAGAUGACCAGGAACAGCUCACUGGACUCUCUACACCUGGAGGGCUUUGACGUGGUCCAAACGGGUCACUGGACGCUCAAGAACGACGGACACUCUGUCGUGCUUCAGGUGGGCAGUGGCAUGUCGGUGAGUGGUGGAGGCCUCCCCGAUGUUUACCACACCAUCCAGCUGCACUUCCACUGGGGAGGACCGUCCGCUAACGGCUCAGAGCACACGGUGGACAAACGCAGAUACCCGAUGGAGAUGCACAUCGUCAACAUGAAGUCCAUCCAUCCAAACUUGACGGUGGCCUUGGACGAUCCCACGGGACUCGCUGUUCUCGGGUUCUUCAUCGAUGUUGUUUACGCCGACAAUGUCCACUUUGGACAACUCACACAAAAACUGUCCUCUGUCGCUUACAGAGGUCAAACUGCUAAACUCAAGCCAUUUCCACUGAUGAGCCUCUUACCAAAGCACAACAUGAGUCAGUAUUACCGUUACUACGGCAGCCUCACCACGCCGCCGUGUUCUCAGGUGGUCGUGUGGACUCUGUAUGAAGUUCCCGUCUACAUCUCGUGGUCUCAAUUGGCUCAGUUCACGUCGCAGAUCUUCUCCACGGAGGAGAACGCGGAGCAGGUGACGCCUCUGCAGAUGAACUUCAGGCACAUCCACGCCACCUUCAGUCGCACCGUGUCUGCGUCCAGUGAUGCUAAGCUGCUCGGCGGGACAGCAGGACGCCCCCUCAGGUUACCUGUGUCUCUGCAGCUGCUUGUCGUCUUCUCCUCUCUCCUCUUCGUCUCCACACUUUAGCGGAACCUUAGCCCACCCCCAGAAAGUUCCACGUUCUUAUUUGAAACUGAGAUAUAAAAGCGUUAUUUUAAAAGGGAAGAGAAGUAUUGUUUUUGUAAAAAAAAGGAAAAAAAACUGACCUGUUAUUUCUGUAGGAUUAUUUAACUCCGUGAGUGCAUCGCUAACUAACUCUUUAAAGUCACACUGUACAGUAACUUUAUUUUUCUUCAAAAAGGUACAAUCCUAACUGUUUUUAGUCCUAAAACAAAGUGUUAGUGAUAAAAAUGGGAUUAAAAUAACAUUUGUUUCCUGA